AUGAUAUCAACAAAAUAUUUAUCAUUCUUUUAUGGAAUGGUUAUAGCAUCUAUUACAUGGAUUUUUAGUUUGUACCUUUACUUAAGAUUGUCUCAAAAUGUUAAUAUUAAUCCUACAAACCUUAUAUCUGAUUUAUCAAAUCCUCUUAAAGAUAUAACCUUUGAUCAAAAUCUCAAACAGGAACAUAAAAAUAAUAAUUAUAUUUUUAAAAUUAAUAAUGAAUUAAGUAAUAAUAAAGAGCAAUAUAGUUUUGUAUUAAAAAGAUAUAAAAACAGUAAAAAAUUAUUGCAACAGUUGAAUCCAUUUCCAAUUAAGCCAGCAAUUAACAUAGGCCAAGGGCUUGAUGAAUUGGGAAUGGUAAAAAAUGUAGAAGAACAAAAGAAACGAGAAGAAGGAUAUAAAAAUUUUGCAUUUAAUAUACUUGUUUCUGAUAAUCUUGAUUUGCAAAGAGAAAUCCCUGAUACAAGACAUAUAUUAUGUAAAAAUCAAACAUAUAAUAUUCAUCUUCCAAACGCUAGUAUUGUAAUAUGUUUUUAUAAUGAACACUAUAAUACUUUAUUGAGAUCUUUGUAUUCUAUUCUUAGUAAAACUCCAAAUAAUUUAUUACAUGAAAUUAUUUUAAUUAAUGAUUAUAGUGAUAGUGAAAGUUUGCAUGAGAAAAUAAAAAUGUAUGUCAAAGAAAACUUUAAUAAUAGUAUUAAAUACUACAAGACUGAGAAAAGAGAAGGGCUUAUAAGAGCAAGAAUAUUUGGAGCAAAGAAAGCUACUGGAAAUGUUUUGAUUUUUUUAGACAGUCACAUUGAAGUUAAUAAUAUGUGGAUAGAGCCUCUGUUAACAAGAAUAGCUUAUUCAAAAGUAAUUGUUCCAGUACCUGUAAUUGAUAUUAUAAAUGCUGAUACCUUCCAAUAUAUUUCAAGUCCAUUAGUGAGAGGUGGCUUUAAUUGGGGUUUACAUUUUAAGUGGGACAGUUUACCAGUGCAUACAUUAUCAAAAGAAGAGGAUUUUAUAAAACCUAUUAAAUCACCAACUAUGGCUGGAGGAUUAUUUGCAAUGGACCGUGAAUAUUUUUUUGAACUUGGAGAAUAUGAUUCUGGCAUGGAUAUAUGGGGUGGAGAAAAUUUAGAAAUAUCAUUCAGAAUUUGGAUGUGUGGUGGAAAUAUAGAAUUGAUUCCAUGUUCUAGAGUGGGUCAUAUUUUUAGAAGACGAAGACCUUAUGGAGGAAAUGAUCAGCAGGAUACUAUGUUAAAAAAUUCCUUAAGAGUAGCUCAUGUUUGGAUGGACAAAUAUAAAAAUUACUUUCUUAAAAAUGUUAAAAAAGUAGAUUAUGGUGACAUUUCAGAAAGGCAAGCGCUUCGUAAAAAACUUAAUUGUAAAGAUUUUGAUUGGUAUCUCAAAUUUGUUUAUCCAGAAUUAACGUUACCUGAUGAUAAUGCACAACGUUUGAAAAAUAAAUGGAGUAAACUUGAUAAAAAAAUAAUACAACCUUGGCAUUCACGGAAAAGAAAUUACACAAAUGAAUAUCAAAUAAGACUUAGCAACUCAACAUUAUGUAUUCAAAGUGAAAAAGAUGUAAAAACUAAAGGAUCAAAGUUAAUUUUGGCACCCUGUAUGCGAAUUAAAACUCAGAUAUGGUAUGAAACAGACAAACAUGAAUUAGUACUUGGUCAAAUGCUUUGUUUAGAGGGAAAUGAAAAAUUACCAAAACUUGGUAAAUGUCAUGAAAUGGGUGGUGCACAAGAAUGGAAACAUACUGGAUUAAGUCGUAUACCAAUUUAUAAUUUGGCAACAGGCACAUGUUUAGGUGUUUCAAAUCCAAAAAGAAAUAUGUACAUAACAAUGGAUUUGUGCUAUAAAAAUGGUAAAGCUACUUUAAUGUGGGAUAUCAUAAAAUCAAAGUUACCAUUUAGAAACAUAAUAUGAUAUAAAUAGAAAUAUUAUUUUAAUUUAAGUAAAUAAAAAUGUUCACAGAUA